GUGUAUCGGGGUGCGAGCGAGAGCUGGAUCUGUGCGCGCGCUGCUUGCUCUCGUUUUGAAGCAAGAACCGAGUGUUGUUGUUGUUGCUGUUGUGCCUGUGUGUGUGUGAGAGAGCGAAAGAGUUGUGUUAAAUCGUGUGAAUUCUGUGAUAAACCCGGGGGCUUGUGCUGGAAGUGAUCGCAAGUAGUAGAGUGCGCGACGAUGGAAAGGUGAAUCUGCGCGCACGGUCCAACACGGUGGUUCCCAUGGGGUGGUUUGCUGUUCGCGUGUGUGUUUAGUGUUGUCGUCGUCGUCGUCAUCAUCGUUGUCGUCAUCGUCGUCGUCGUAGUGUGCUGCGGCUGCUGUUUGUGUGUUUUGCUGUGAGGUGCUUUGCGGUGGUGAGCCCUCUGCAGUUCCAGAGAUGUUUUCCUAGUGUUUCGCUGGCCAACACGCCCUCCCUGGUGUUCCUCUUCCUUUGCUCGCGCGCUGCACCAAGUGGCUUAAGCAUCGCGAGUGUGCGUGCGUGUGUGCGUUUGUUUGUGUGCGUUUGAGUGGGUCGCUCGAUCGGUCGGUCGUUGGCCUACCUUCUACCUUCUUAAAUACACCCCGGGAGACGCUGAAAACACCAUCGCGCCGAAGAGCCUCUGUUUUUGUUGUUGUUGUUUUUUUUUGUCGCUCGAUCGUUGUGCAAUCUCGUCGUGGAUGCUGCAGCUGCUGCUGAUGCAGAGAUGAGAAGGUGAUGCAGUGCACUGCAGUCGGUAUCACCCAGUGUUCGUUGUUGUUGUUGUUGCACAAUUCGCAGCGAGAAUCAUCGCAGAAGGCUGUCGUUGUUCUUUUUGUCUUGAUCGAGAGGUUGUGCAAAGCAAAGUGAGACGAACGGAGGAACCAGAAGAAGGCGCAGAACGCGCAGAAUCCCCGCAGACAGGAGGGAUACACUUCCAGAAACCAGCGAACUUCCAUAAACGGUGGAGCUUUUCUUUCGGCAUUUCAGGCAGUCUGUCUUGUCGCACGGCCCGGCUAUUAACAUUAUCUUGGAAGGAAUAUGAUGUGAUCCCUCGCCGUCGUCGUCGUCGUCGUCGUCGUUUUCGUUGGAGUUUGGUGCACCGUUUUUUUGUUGCGAUUUUUGCGAACGAAGUCGCUCCACUCUCUAUGCACAAGCCACGAUGAACUGCACCGCCAUAAAUAGUAAUCAGAUUGAAACGACUCCGAACAACCACCAUUCCCGGUUGAUGCGCGGCGGUGGCGGUGGUGGUGGUGGUGGUGGUGGCGGCGUCGGGGUAGUCGGUAUGCUGCCGAUGGUUGCCACUCCUCUGUCAACGGGCACACCGCCACAGCAGCACCAUCCGCACCAUCAGCACCACCAGCAGCAGCAGCAGCAGCUACAGCAUCACCAUCGAACGGCAAAGGCCAGUAUCUGCAUGUCGGCACCUGGUUCCGGAGUGGGAUCGAGCGGGUGCAGCAGUGGAGGAACGGUAAACAUUGGAACGACGACCGUGUUCUUCCAUCGAACUACCAACAAUCUGCUGGACGUACCGCCGAACCGAACCAAUAGCUCCGAGGAGGAGAACUCACCCACCGAGCUGAACACCUGCCGCAAGCUGGCCGAGAAGCCACCGCUGGUGAAACGGCUCACAAUGGGUAUCCUGCGAACGGCCGAAGACAGUCGACCGUUGGUGCACAGCUCCUCGUCGCCCUCGAGCUCAUCCAGCUCCUCGCAAACCAUCUCCGAUGGGUACGUGAACGAGGGUAUCUGUGCCGAUACGGCGGAAACUUCACUCACGACGAACGUGUUUAGUAGUAAGAUCAGUUCCUCUCCAUCGCCAUCAUCACCUGCUGCUGCUACUGCUGCUGUGGGAGGUAUCGGCCCUACCAAUGGUGCCUCCUGUAGUUCACGAAGUUCCACGGUCACCGCCGGUGGAAUGGGACACACAUCGAAAGGUGGCGCUAAUUCGAACGCCUUGCUGCUAGAUGGCAGCGGUGCUAGUGGACAACCACGGUAUAACCAUACGGCGACAACGCUCCUCUAUCCUCCGGCCGUACCGAUCCGGAACGAUAGUCUUAGCCUGAAGGAACAGCACGAACUGAAGGGUGCGCCCUGGUUCCAGGCCGGGAUACCGCGCGAAAUCUCGCUCGAGGUACUAUCGCGCCAGAAUCCGGGCGCCUUUCUUGUACGCCAGAGCACCACCAAACCGGGCUGUUUCGCGCUGUCCCUGCGAGUACCACCGCCAGCACCAAAAGUAGCACAUUAUCUAAUUCUAAGGACGAUACGGGGGUAUAAGAUUAAGGGCUUCACGAAAGAGUUCACCUCCCUGCGGGCACUCAUAACGCACCAUUCGGUCAUGCCGGAGCUGUUACCGGUUCCGCUGGCACUACCGCGACCACCACAGCUCGGUCAGCGCCAGGAGGAUCCGGAAACCUAUGGAUCGUUGAACGAUUUUCAAAACAUGAUUACCGAAUAGUCUCACCAGUAGGUAGUAGUGGCCCACGGCUCCGGUUCUUUCGAUUAGCGAAGGUAACGAAAUAAAGCAAAGACAAGAACACAUAUGGACGGUUUUAACAUAAGCCACUGUUCAAACCACAACCACGGACCACUAGCAGAUAGAAGCCAGGUGGCUUGGAGGAGAACUAGAACUGGUAGGCGGGCGUUGGAAUGGCGGGCAGCGUAAGCUUUUAUCAUUUAUUUAUUU